AUGGGCGGCACGGGCAACCGCCACAGCAAGAACGCGGGGACGAUGGGAAGCGAAAACUUGACGUACAUGGAGAAGAAAGCAUUAGGGUUCGGGACCGUCAAGGAGCGCCUCGGGAAGGAGACGGUGAAGGACUUCGACGCGUGCGCGUUAGGGUUAACGCACGCGAUCGACCCGUUAGUCACCCCCGAGGGCGUUCUGUACGACAAAGAGCACAUCUUCUCGUGCCUGCUGCACCAGAAGAAGGACAUCGCGCGACGGACGCGAGCGUACGAAGACCAGGCGUCGCGAGACGAGGAGAAAGCCGCGGAAGAGGCGCGGAAGAAGCGCAUCGAGGAGGUCGACCGCUUCGAGCGCGUGAACAACGGCGGCGUCGGUAAGUCGUCCGCGCCGGUCUCGCUCGCCGGCGCGGAGGCGGACGUCGGCGACGGCACCGGCGUCACCGGCGACGAGGGGAUCGACGAAGAGGAACGCGAGCGACGGAAAAAGGAGCUUCCCGCGUAUUGGCUCCCUUCCAAGACCCCCACCGCGGAGGUUCGCGUCGGCGACAAGCCGGAUACGGAGACGAAGUGCCCGACGACGAUGAAGAGGCUGCGGCUGAAGGACCUGCUGCCGGUGAAGUGGACGAGAGUGCCGACGGGCGCGGACGUCGACGGCGAGAGAUACAUGUGCCCGGUGACGCGGAAGACGUUUACGAACACGACGAAGAUCGUCGUGUUGAGACCGAGCGGCGUCGCCGUGAGCGAGGACGCGUACGAGCAGGUGAUAAAGAAGGAUGGGGCGUGGGACGGGAAGAAGGUGAAGGGGGUCGUAAAGCUUCAGAGGGGCGGAUGCGGGUUCGCGGGAAGCGGGACGCAGGUGGAGUCGAAGAAGCAGUUUUCCUUGGGCGCGGGCAGCGGGCUCGCGGACAGCCGAGGGCAACACCGCGGGGCGACCUCGAAGUUCGGGCUGCGGUUCAACUAG